AUGGAGGCCACAGCAUUGUGUGGCAGCAGAGGACCUCCAUUCAGAAUGAAAGCAGCAGCAGCAGCAGCAGCUAUAUCACAUGCUAAUUCUUCACCUCUUCUAAUCAAAUCCAUGGCCUCCCAGAAGCCUUUGCCAUCAGCUGCCAAGACUGUUAGCUCUAGAAAGAGCUCAAAUGUCUUCCCCAUUGGCGAGCAAGGCCCUAGAAGCCGCCCUCUCGCAACCUCACCUCCAAUUAAGCUACUGACAAGGGUGGAGCAACUUAAAUUACUAACCAAAGCUGAGAAAGCAGGCUUACUUUCAGCAGCAGAGAAGUUUGGCCUCUCCUUGUCAACAAUAGAGAAACUGGGGCUACUCUCGAAGGCAGAAGAAUUGGGAGUCCUCUCAGCAGCUACAGACCCGGGAACCCCAGGGGCUUUGUUAAGCCUUAGCCUGGGACUGCUGUUUUUAGGACCCUCUUGUGCCUAUCUUGUGCCCGAGGAUUACCCUUGGGAGGUUGCUUUGCAAGUUGCAGUUGUUCUGCUUUGCGUAGCUGGUGGAUCUGCAGCCUUUGCAGCUUCAAAUUUUGUAUCCAACUUGCAGAAAUCAAAUUGAUUUUCAUUUGCCAAA